UUAACCGGUUGAAACUUACAAGUGGGUUGCAUAAUCUCGUUCCACUGCUGCGUUAACUUAGCAACAGAGUGUUUAUCAAGUCUGUUGCCCAACAACGGGUUGUCGUAUCACAAUAGUUACGUGCAGAGGAACAGCGUUGUCAACACCUCCUGUGAACUGUGAACGAAGUGUUCCGUGGUGCUAUUGCCGUAUAUCCGUGCUGAUGCAAUUACGUCGAGGCCAGGUUGGGAACGGUAGGGAGCAGCUGUUUCGAAAUGUUUUGAAAUCAAUGUCGUUGGCGUCUGUGGUUUUGGAAGGUGGAAAGAGAGUUGCUGCUGGUGUGAUUGAUUUUUAUCAUUCUGAGUACUUCCCUCUGAGAUGAAGCCUUCGGAACAUGGAUUGCCAGCUUCUGGUGCUGAGAAAAAGAUCCCCCGUCCACCCAAUGGAUAUAUAAUUUUUGGGAGAGAAUGGCGGAAGAAGCUGGCAACAUUAUAUCCCACAGAAGGAAAUACACAGAUCAGCGUACGACUUGGUAAUAUGUGGCAUUCUUUAACAGAAGAGGAAAAGCAAAAAUACCUCGAUCUGGGGCGACACACAGCUCUAGAACACAGGCUGCGAUAUCCUGAUUACACCUACAACCCAAAUGAAGCCCGGAUACGGAAGGCUCUUCGUAAGGCGGCCCGCGACCUGAAAAGUAUGAAUGCAAGAGGCCAUAAGGCGACUACUGCCCACAGGAUCAUUUUGAAACAGGUCCACAGCCACCACAAUCCUGCAAUAUUAAGGAUGUUGGCAAAGGGGGAUAUUCAUGCCAGUCCAUGCCUUCAGUCCAUGAGUGGAGACUAUGUGAUCUUAAUGGAUGGCCAGGUGUUGUCAUAUGUACCUGCAUUAGAAAUUACCAGUAUACUGAGUGACAGUUCUGGUGUUGUCAAUGGAACAGAGAAUACAAACAGUCCUGUGCCAGCACGUGAGAAAGCUCCUGUUUCCAAAGAAAUUGGCUGUUAUUCUCAUGAAGUAGUUUUAAGCACCACCACUGAAGAAACUCAGAAUCACCAGUCUGCUAGUAAUGAGGUGUUGGCAAAGCAGGAUAUUCACACCAGUCCAUGCCUUCAGUCCACAAAUCAUGUCAGCACCCCACAAAGUGGGGACUGUAUGAUGUUGAUGGAUGGCCAGCAGUUGUUGUCAUUUUUACAGGCACAUGCAUUAGAAAUCACCAGUAUACUGAGUGACAGUUCUGGUGUUGGCAAUGGAACAGAGAAUACAAACAGUCCUGUGCCAGCACGUGAGAAAGCUUCUGUUGCCACAGAAAUUGGCUGUUAUUCUCAUGAAGUACUUUUAAGCACCACCACUGAAGAAACUCAGAAUCACCAGUCUGCUAGUAAUGAGCAGAAUGCUAAUAGGAUGAAGGUAAAAAAUUAUGAUCUUCAGAGGGAAGGAGACUUAAUUGACAUGAAAACCGAUGGUCCUCGUAUUGCAGCAGCAUAUUCUCUAAAGGAGAUUAACCUGGAGCAGAAUGCUAAUAGGAUGAAGGUAAAAAAUUAUGAUCUUCAGAGGGAAGGAGGCCUAAUUGACAUGAAAACCGAUGGUCCUCGUAUUGCAGCAGCGUAUUCUCUAAAGGAGAUUAACCUGGAGCAGAAUAUUGAUCAGAUCAAAAUAGAAAACAGUGUUGAUAAUCUGAACAAAGAAGAUUUCAUUCACAUAAAAAGUGAAGAGAUUUGUACACCUUCAGCAUUUUCUGUAAAUGAGAUCAAACCUGAGAUCUCAACAGAUGUAGUGGAAGUUGGACCUGCUUUGUACAAUGAGAGAUGUCUAGCAUCUUCUUGUGAUCGGUAUGAGGCGACUGGUACUAAAGUUGAGCAGAUCUCAGAUAUUGAAGAUGAUGAUGAACCCGUGUUGGUAGUAUAUUCAUCAGUGAAGGCUGAAUGUAAGCAGAAUGCUAAUGAGAUGAAAGUAGAAAAGUAUGAUCUUCAGAGGGAAGGAGACUUAAUUGACGUGAAAACUGAUGGUCCUUGUAUUGCAUCAGCAUUUUCUGUAAAUGAGAUUAACCUGGAGCAGAAUAUAGAUGAGAUCAAAAUAGAAGACAGUGUGGAUAUUCUGAACAAAGAAGAUUCCAUUCACAUAAAAAGUGACAAUAUUUAUACACCACCAACAUAUUCUGUAGACGAGAAUGAACUUCAGGUGAGCCUAGGCUUUAUGAUAUUUUUAUCACACUGGUUCCUGAAUGUGGCUGUGUUUCUUUUCAAUACUCGUGAUUUUAAAUGUGACUUGGAAUUCAGAGAAUGCUCACAAUUGUUUAAUUUGUAUGAACAGACUAUUAUGUCUGUGAGAUGGUUAUAAGGAAGCAAAAUUGCU